UAACUUGAUAUAAACGCAUUUUUAUCACACUAUUUUUUAUUUUUCACUCUUCAAACAACACCAACAUACUUCCAAAAAAAAAAAUAGUUUUUUGAUUUUCCACAUUAGCAUCUAAUGGAACAUUCAAGAAAUAGUUCAUUGGGUGUGAUCAACAAAAUGGACAAUUUCAAGAAACAACAAUGUUUUGUUACUCUGAAAAGGUUAACAACGAAUCCAGAUGGAAAAGAUUUUCAAGAUGCAAUGAAUUCAAGAGGUAUGUUCCAUUAGUCUCAAUUUUAUUGAUUAUUCAUAUCCAUGUUAGUCUAAAGAACUAAUUUUUAUAGAAUACAUGUUUUUUCUAUACUCAAAUUUUGUUUUGGUUCAGUAACUGAACUUAUAUUUUACAUCUGAGUGUUCUUUGAUCACAUUAUGGCACUAAUUUAGGUAUUUUUUGUUAUUUAUCAAAGUGACCCAAAAACCUUAGGGAAGUUUCGGCACCCAUUCUUUCUUGUCAAGUUCUUCCAUAAUAUAAACAAAGAUAAACCCCUUUUGAUUGUUACAUAAAUCUUGUCUUGUGACCAAAAUUGUUUCUUUUCUUGUUUUACAUAGUUUGCCGAUGAAAAUUGUGGUAUGUGUAUAGGUACAAAAUUAGGUACUCGUAACUUUCUUUUGACUGAGUAUUGUUUUGGUUUAUGACUAAAUGUGUUCACAUGAUGAAUAUUGUUUCUUCUUUUGACUAAAUACACUCAAGAAAUUAAUUCUAUUAUUGAGGAUUAUUUUUGAAGUAUUGAUUAUUAACAUGGAAUCAUUGCUAACUCCUCUAUUGUGAUUUUGGAAUGAUCUAAAAACAGGUAAACCCUUGAUGGAUUUUGAGAGUAUCAAGUUGAAGCUAGAGAAAGGUUUAUACCUCACUACUGAUGAAUUUGCAAGUGAUGUUAGAAUUGUAUUUUACAAUGCCAUUGUGUUGCAUCGAGUGAGCCGUAGUAUUCAAAGAAUAGCAAUGAAACUAAGUGAGCUGUUUGAGAUGAAGUGGAAAUACUUGGAAGAAAAAUGGGAAACUGAGAAAGAGAAGAACAAGGAAGAAAAAUCGACGGCAAAGCCAAAAGAAACUGUUACAACAAUUUGUGGAUCAGUUUCAUAUACAGCAAGAAAUAAUAAAAGGAAAUUUGAACUUGAUAUAAGUAAAAAGUCUUCAAAUAUUGAUGCAAAGUUAUCGGCUAAAAAGGCCAAAAAGCAACAUGUUACUGAAGAAACAACAUUCUUUGAUGCAAAGUUUGUAGCUAAGAAGGUGGUUAUGGAUACUACUACAAUCAAGCCUAAGAAGGAACAUGUUGUGGAUUCUAUUUUGGCUUCACAAAGUAAGUUGUUUGGCUGUUGCAAUGAUGUUAGCUUGGAAAGGAAGAAACAAAGGAAAGUUGCAGAAUUGACAGUACGAAACAUAGUACAAACGGUAUUUAUCGAUGAUAACUUGGAUUCUUUUAAGGAGCUAGAAAGGCUUUGUGGUCAUUCAUUGCAAGAUUACAAGUUAAAUCCAUUGAAAAAGUUUGUUGGAUUGGUUCUAAAAGACGAAUUUGUGAGAGUGACGGAUUUGAAUGAAGACAAGUUUCUUAACAGAGAUUGGGAAGAAGGAGAAAUUAUCAUUCUCGAUUAAUCCGUUAUUUAGUUUUUCAUUUUUUCACUCUCCAUCUGUUUCAAGAGAUAAUUGUAAUGUAAGUAUUAUCUUAGGAAGUAACUAAUUGUAAGAAACAACUUAUCUUGUUUGUUAGUCAUUAUGUGUAGAUUAUUAAUGAAAACAUUCCAAUCCUUUCAGUUUUUAGGUUCUCAGUUUGCAUGAUCUUUGUCUCUCUAAGAACCUGCAAUUGACAUUGGUUUUACAGUAUCCAAUCUUCAAAUGGAAAUAACUAAUUAGUUCUACAUUUUUUCAUAUUCAACCUUCUCUUUGGUUAUCUUUAUUAAACACAGCCAUAGAAGAAAAUAUCAUACAAUAUAACUUACUUAUAAGGAUAUCACUGUCACAACUUCUGCAUUAUGAAGCAUUAAUUUGGUGUUUCAACAAAGCUCCACGUAGCAACAACCAUAAUAAGACCUUCUCCAACUCUUUUUAUUACAACUAGUCCAACCAUUCAGUUUCAACAAAACACAGCCCAGUUGCAACAAAACACAGCUAUGUAAUUGGUCUUACGUUGACAGUGUUGAUAUAUCCCCUAAAUAGUAGUUGUUGGCAACAUGAGGUCCCAAAGUUGAAGGCCAAGUAGUUCCUAACAUCAAAUUUGCAUAAAAAAUAGGCAAUAAGUACACAAGUAGUAUUAAUUUGUAGCCUUAAACAGCCACAUUCGCAGAUGCUACGGCCGCUACUCACUUAUAUUUUGCGUAUGCAGGCGGCCACCCUCCGCGAAUCAAUGCAGUGACACUACUUGCCGCAAAUGCAAUUGACAGUAUAGCUCCUCCUUGAUUGUAAAUUAUUAUCUGAGCUCCGUCAGACCAACAAUAGUCGGAUUGCGAUGCUGCUAAUUUGGCCAGUGAAUUUGUGGAAGCCUACUCCACUAGAACCCUUAAGACCAUUCAAUGAUAAAAAAUCAAGUUACAGUUGGUUGGGGUCUAGUUCAAGGAGGAGUAACAAAAUAAUAGCAGCACCCUAAAAUCAGAUCCAACAAAACAAGAAGCUUCAAAAGAGCUAACAAAAAUUGUUUUAACAAUGAUCAUCAUGGAUCAAAUGUAUGUUACAACACAACUUAGAUAUACCACUCACAGAGCUUUCUAAUAAAGCCUCUAUGCUAAGCCUAAAACAUAAUCUGCAAGAGAAGUGAAUUUCAUACAAAAAUAAUCAUUCACCAAUCCUGUUUGCAGCAAUUUGAAUUUUGGAACCAUGAUAUCACUUUCAUGAUCCAAAUGCAAUUUGUGAAAUUGUUAAUCCUAUGUAGUAUAAAUAUUUCAGAUUGAAGACACAACAACCAUUAACAUGUGAAUUACAUUCAUGAUUCAAUUAUCAUAUGAAUUAUGAAAUUUAUGUAAGAAAUAGGAAAAAUAAUUACUUCAUAAUAAUAAAACUCAACAAUAAAUAAUCCUUCUUAUUUUUCCUUAAUACUUACAAUAAAUAAUGAAAUAUAAAUAGUAAAUAUUGUAAACAUCUUCUCAAGUAUACACACAAAUCAACUCGUAAUAAUCAUCAUCAACAGGAAAACAACAAUAACUACUAUGUGUGAGUUGUGCUCUGUUUCCUCUGUUUUCACAACAUCCAAAGGAAACUUAGUUGAACCAUCUUGUUCUCUCAAUGUUUGAAGAUGGCGAGCAUUGACAACACAAUUGAAGUUCCAAUUAUAGCCACUGAACUUGUAACAGAUCCUGCAGCUCCGGCAUCAGGACCUGGUGCCGGAGCCAAGGAAGGACUAAGGUCUUGAGCCGAGGCCACGGCAGCGGCAAAGACUACAACCAAAAAGAAAGAGAAAAACUUCAUUGAAGUAGCUGAUAUUGGGAAAUUAUAGACAAAAUUGAAAAAUGAAGAGGAAAUUGUGCAAGUACUAUGUAUGUUGUAUGUAUGUUGAAUUGA